UAGAAAAAGGGGUAAGAUGAAGGCUGGGAGAAUACUGCAGCAGGUUGUGUCGUGAGCUUCAUGAAAGGCUAUUCUGUACUUUACUGGAAGCUUGCUCUUACAUUUCAUAAGACGUUUCCAUUAUUCAUCACUCCUGGGAGCAGAGGUGCUGACUUAUUUCAUGUGUCAGAAAUUAGACUAAUUAAAUAUCUCCAAUUGAAAGUUUAUUUUGCGGUUUUGUGCCGCAGCCUUCGGUACAAUGUGCUUGUGUCUGUAUGUGUAAUGGGAUAUUAACGCCUGACUGGGACAGAUGACUUUUAAUAUACAUCCUUAUUGUUUCUCAUCAUUUGUGGCCUGUGAAGUCAUAGGAGAUUGUAUGCUGUAGCUUAGUAUUAGCAGUCAUGUACAUAAUUGUGUGCAUUUUACAAAGAUGAAGGCUAUAACAUUGGCUUUUUCACAUAUGCCAUAUUAAGAACACGGUGCACUAUUUACAGUGUAAUAACGUUAAAACCUUACAUAAAUAGCGAUUUUAUGUAAAUUUGCACUUUUUAAUGGCUGUGCCUGGUAGGACUAAAUUACAGGUGACUUGCUCUAGGUAUUACAGGUGCAUAUCACCUUUGAAGGGGGAGUAAAAUUGAUAUAACUUGAAGAAAUGAUCCGUUUGCGAAGUUGGGAAAAGGAAAUUUGAGAAUUGAUUGGUUCUAGUGUGCUGUAAGUGGGUGGAUGUUUUUUGUGCUACAGGAAGUGAUUUGCAGUGCUCACUGAGCCUUUUGUUGAAAAGGGUCUCCUCAUUUGUGUGAGUCAUGCUUUUGCUGUGAGCAAGUUGGCAGCUCUAACCAGAAGUGGAAUGUCAUAUAGAACUGUCUGCUCCUGCCUUCAUUCUCAACCUAUAGCUGCACGGACAUAGAGACAUUUUCUUCUUCUGGAGGAAAAAUAUUAAUAAUCAAUGCUCUUUUCAAUUUCUACUAUUUUAUUAUAGGGUUGAUUUGUUUAUUGCAUUUGGUUUUACAGGUGCCACUAUGAACCUCUGGCAAUGUUAACAAAGGUGUAUCUUAGACUGGCAUCAGAUUUGCCACAACAUAUGAAAGAAACUAGAUAAAAAGGGCAUGCUUCAACGUACCAAGUAUAACCGCUUCAAGAAUGAAUCUGUGACACCGGUCGACGAUCUUUUGCACAACCUGUCCACGAACAGUAAAGCCUCUACAGUCGCCGGUAACCCAGCUACAGUUCUGUGCCUGGUUCCGACCACAGACUUACAAAAAGACCAGGAAGAUGGACCCACCUCUCUUUGUACAUUUAUUCACAAAGUGUCUCACAUGAAACUCUCCAGCACGGGCAGCCUGUUGGGUAUAAAAAACCUUUCCUCUGCAGUAAAGGAGCUCGCUGGUUCCAAGUUACAGGGUAGCUCUCCUGCUCUUAGUACAGCAGCAGGGGCUUCAGACAACACAUGUAACCUUGUCUCUACCCCUCCGUGUUCUCAGCAGGACGUGGGCAAGAUGAGCACAGGGAAAAAAACACGAUCGGAAGAAAUGCAUCUGGGAGGUGAAGAUUGGAAUCAAAGUAGCAGCUUCUUCAGUAAGCCUUCUCGAGGAUGGCUGCACUCGAAUGAGAAGAUUCAGGGACCUGGAGUGACGUACAUUGUGAAGUAUUUGGGAUGUAUAGAAGUUUUACGCUCUAUGAGAUCUUUGGAUUUUAACACAAGAACGCAGAUAACAAGAGAAGCUUUCAGCAGAGUAUGUGAAGCUGUCCCAGGCACCAAAGGAGUUUUUAAGAAAAGAAAGCCAGCAAAUAAAAUCCUCUCUAGCAUCCUCGGAAAGAGCAACCUUCAGUUUGCGGGAAUGUGUAUAACGCUGAAUAUAUCUACAACCAGCUUAAAUAUGAUGACUCCAGAUUCAAAACAGAUCAUAGCAAACCAUCAUAUGCAGUCCAUUUCCUUUGCAUCUGGUGGUGACCCGGAUGCUACAGACUAUGUUGCUUAUGUGGCAAAGGAUCCUGUUAAUCGGCGAGCUUGUCAUAUACUGGAAUGCAGUGAUGGACUGGCUCAAGAUGUCAUCAGUACUAUAGGCCAAGCGUUUGAACUUCGAUUUAAGCAGUAUUUACAGUGCCCUUCGAAGAUGCCAGCAUUUCCUGACCGAAUGCAAAGCUUAGAUGACCCAAUAUGGCCAGAAGAAGAUGGGACUGCGACAGAACAUCAAUAUUACAACAGCAUUCCAAAUAAAAUGCCACCCCCAGGAGGGAUUAUUGAUGAGAGAUUAAGAGCUCAGCAUCAAAACCAAGGAGAUAACUCCCAGUUUAUGAACUCUGCCGGAAUAGAACAAUUGUAUUACCAAGGUCGUCAGCUGGCAGAAAAGUCUAAUGAAAACUUUCAACAAGCUAUAAAAAGGCAAGCUUCUUUAGACAUAUACAGUGUUCCAGAAGGAAAGUCAACAACAAACAAUGCACCUACAUAUGUUAACACCCAACACAUGAACAAGAAGAUGCUAGGAGCUCUUCAGCGAAGUGUGGAUGGAAUAUUUUGUGGAUCUGUGGACAGCUGCAAGGAUAUAAGUCCUAGAAAAGACUUGUUUGAUAUGAAACCAUUUGAAGAUGCUCUGAAGAACCAGCCCAUGUUACAUAGAGAUGCCUCUGUAGACUGCUCCAGUCCAUUGUUAUCCAGAGCUGCCAUCUUAACUAUUCAUGAAGAACUAAAAUCAGAAGCCUGGUAUGUUGGAGAGAUGUGCAGGAAAGAAGCAGAGAAACUACUUACAAAGGAUGGUGAUUUCCUUGUUAGAAAAAGCAUCAAUAAUCCUGGUUCUUAUGUGUUAACUGGCAUGCACAAUGGACAAGCCAAACAUCUUCUUCUAGUAGAUCCUGAAGGCACAGUUAGAACUAAAGAUCGUGUGUUUGACAGCAUUGGUCAUCUUAUUAAUCACCACCUGGAAAACCAUUUGCCCAUUGUGUCCUCCGGAAGUGAAUUAUGCUUGAAACAGCCUGUGGAGGGGAGGCCGUGAUACUACUGUCACUUCCGCCACGUCAGUGUAUCUUUAUGGAGGCUGUGCCAGAAGUCAGUGCAAUAGGAACACAAAUCGUAUGAGUCAAACCAAUAUACUUGACCCAUACAAUAAGUGGCACUUUUUGCACCAUAAUUUUUAUAAAAUUGUUUGAUCCCUUAAUGUGAAUAUAAGGUGUGUGUGUGUAUAUAUACACUGAACUAUGUAUAUAUAGAUAUAAAUAUAUUUAUAUUUUUGGAGAUUAUGGGAAUAGAAAAAGACUGGAAAGUUUUAAUGAUAACAGAACAAUAAUUGUGGUACUUUAGCUGGAUAUUGAAUGCAGCAUUCUGAUUUAAUACAUUUAAUGCUGCAUGAUCUGAUCAUGGUUUUACCUAAUAAGCACAAAACAAGAAGACUGGACAUAUGAUUGAGCAAAACUGUUUUGGGCUGCAAGGUGUUGAGAAACUUUGGAGACACCUGCAGUAUUUAAAAGGAUUUUAUUUCCGUUGGUGGAUGGGAUUACUUGAACAUACCAUCCAAUAUGUACUGUUAUAUAGCAUUAAAAAAUUCAAUGAUUUAGGGUUUUUGUAGGCUUAGAAAAAUAACUAUAGCAGUUUCUUUACAGCGCGAUUACAGAACACGCAGCUUUCUAGCUGCUAUGAGCCACAGGUUGUCUAAGCUAGUUAUAGGGUCAGGGGUAGUAAUAUCCCAUUGUACUACAAAUUUUAACUAUCUUUGCACUGAUAAAGCUAGCAUAGUGGUACCUAUUUAUUCAAAAAGCAUUUUAUCAAAAAUGAGAGAAAUGUAUAACAUGGUAUCUUUUAAGGCAUCACUUGAUACGAUGCAAUGUUUGAUUUAAUGUAUUUUAGGUGUAUUGCUGUAUGUAACAAUAUAUAUAUUAUAUAUGAUAUUAUAUUUGAAGGCCAAUUUGUGUCCCAGCCUAUGAAAUUGUUAUUUUUAUCUACAAUUUCUUGUACACAUUUCUAAAUAGUUUUAUAUGUAUAUUCCUACAAUCACAUAAAUGAAAAGCAUAAGUAUUUUUUCAUUUUUAUAAUGCAUUAUUAGUAUGUAGCAUUAGCUGCCUGUGAACGGUGGCAUUAUAUACUGUAGAAUCUUAUUCAAAUUUUCCCACACAGUAUAUAUCUUGUUCUUAUAUUGCUGCAUGCUGCAAGAAGCGCUUUAAUCAUUAUUAAGUUAUUUUGGCAUGGCUGACAGUGGUACCAAUCGCCCUCUGACUUGGAUCUACGGUAAACAAAUAUUAAAGUGAUAAAUAAACCAAAUGGUCAUGGAUAUGCAUAUGUUGAUUUUAAUAUGGUCAUACCAACUGUGAAUAAACAGUAUAAUAAUUCAUUGAUUAUAAGGAACUUUUAUUAACUUCUACUUUAUAGUGUAGCUUUUAUUUGAAGGUACACUCUUCAAUAAUUAUAUAUAUAUA